ACCGGCCCAGCCCGGCUGAAAAGGAGGGCUCGCUCGCCCGUCGCCCCCACCACCGGCACCCCGCGAGCCCCGCUGGCGCUGCUCGUGGUGGGGGCGGCGGGCAGAGCCACCAUGGCCGUGUCGUGGAGGAGCUGGCUGGCCAACGAGGGGAGCAAGCACCUCUUUCUGUUUUUCUGGCUCUUGCUGAACGUGUGGUUCUUCUGGAGGACCUUCCUGCUCUACUGCCGAGGGCUGCAGUAUUACUAUCUGCAUCAAAUGUUAGGGCUAGGAUUGUGUGUUAGCAGAGCUUCAGCAUCUGUCCUCAAUCUCAACUGCUGCCUGGUCCUGCUCCCAGUGUGCCGCGUUCUCUUGGCCUUCCUCCGGGGAUCUCAGAAGGUCGCCAGCAGAAAGACCAGAAGGCUGAUAGACAAAAGUAAAACUUUCCACGUGACGUGUGGUGUUACGAUAUGCAUCUUUUCAGUCUUACAUGUUGCUGCUCAUCUGGUGAACGCUCUUAACUUCUCUGAGAAUUACAAUGAAGACUUUCUGGCAAUAAAUGCAGCAAACUAUCGUGGUGAGGACCCAAGGAAACUGCUUUUUGCCACUGUUCCAGGUCUGACUGGAGUCAUUAUGGUGUUAGUGCUAUUCCUGAUGUGUACAGCUUCUACAUAUGCCAUCAGGGUUUCAAACUAUGACAUCUUCUGGUAUACCCACAACCUUUUCUUUGUCUUCUAUAUACUGCUGAUGCUGCAUGUUUCUGGGGGAGUGCUCAAGUACCAGACCAACUUAGAGGAACACCCACCUGGUUGCUUUAAUCCUAACAAAACGCUCCUAGGGAAUAUGACAGUGCCAAAGGCUUUUGAAGAGCUGUUUCCUGACUAUACUACUGAGCCUUUCCCAGAGGACUUAACAUUUCCAGAACCCUUUGUACAAAGUAACUUUAUGAGAAUUUGUUCCAAGGAACCCAAGUUCCAGUCACACUUCCCAGAGACCUGGUUUUGGAUUUCUGGACCUCUGUGCCUGUACUGUGUAGAAAGGCUGUACCGCUACAUCCGCAGCAACAAGCCAGUCACAAUAACUUCAGUGAUAAGCCAUCCCUCCAACGUCCUUGAAGUGAGGAUGAUCAAAGAUGACUUUCGAGCAAGGCCUGGUCAGUAUGUUAUUCUACACUGUCCAAGAGUGUCUGGACUGGAAAGCCAUCCAUUCACCCUUACAAUGUGCCCUACAGAUACCAAAGCAACGUUUGGGGUCCACCUUAAAGUAGUAGGAGACUGGACAGAAAGAUUUCGGGAUUUACUGCUUCUACAUUCAAAUCAAGAUGCAGAGAUUCUGCCCAUCUUUCAGCAGAGGCGCUAUCCCAAACUGUAUGUGGAUGGACCUUUUGGAAGUCCCUUUGAGGAAUCCUUGAACUAUGAGGUCAGCCUCUGCGUGGCUGGUGGUAUUGGAGUUACACCAUUCGCAUCAGUACUCAACGCUCUGCUUGAUGGCUGGAAAUGCUACAAACUGAGAAGACUCUACUUCAUCUGGGUGUGCAGGGACGUCGAAUCUUUCCGCUGGUUUGCAGAUUUGCUCUGUAUGUUGCAUAACAAGCUCUGGCAAGAGAAUCGACCAGAUUAUAUAAACAUCCAGCUGUACCUCAGUCAAACAGAUGGAAUACAGAAAAUAAUUGGUGAAAAAUAUCAAGCCCUAAACUCAAGGCUUUUGAUUGGACGACCCCGGUGGAAACUUCUUUUUGAUGAAAUAGCGAAGUAUAACAGGCGGAAGACCAUUGGAGUUUUCUGUUGUGGACCAAGCAAGAUGUCUAAGAUACUUCAUAAACUGAGCAACAGCAGCAACCCUUAUGGGACAAGGUUUGAGUAUAACAAAGAAUCCUUCAGCUGAAAGUCUGUUGGACUCGCAAGAAUCUCUAGAAGAUAAAAGUGCAAUUUUUUGUUUGUACAACUUUAAAGUUCAACUGUGGUUUAAACAGAAAUGUACCAAAGAGUAGCACAGUUUUUCUUAUUUAUGAUUAUUUAAAACUCUGGAAAAUGAUGGAUAUGGCAGUAUACCAACAAAUAUUAAGUGCUUAUGCUGAAAGUCAAAUGCGCUCAUGCAGUAUUUGUGGCAGUGGCGAUUCUUUGGAGUUGUUUCUGUUAAUUAAAAAGUACGAGUGCUAUGGAGAAAUACAGUUGCUUUAAAAGCCAAUGGAAGAACAAUCUGUGGAAUGUUCUUCCACUUCAGUUCUCUGAAGUUGGAUCAGUAAACAAAACCCCAAGUUAAUCCAAAUGACAAAUCAUAGGGCAGUUCAAAGAACUAUCGCUUUUGUUGGUAUACAGACCUUACGCCUUUGGAGUGGAGACACUCCAUAUUAAAGGUUUUACACCUUACAGAAGUGGGAUUCUGUAUUUCAAACGUAGUCUGUAACGGGUGUCAGUAUUCCCAUCUUGAAUCGAAGAGAGAAUGGAAUUUAGGGGAAAGAUGUAAAUCAAACUAAAGAAAAGUGAGCUCAACAGUCUAGCACCUUUGGGCAGACUCAGCCAUGAUGUAUAUCACAGCCUUUUGGCAAGGAAGCAGCUGUACCUGGAAAACUCAGUAUCCUGCAUCAAUUCAGCAUUCAGUGAGUUUGCAAAAUAAGUGUGAUUUAUGCAGCCAGAAAGGCAGAGCAAGAAAAGCGAUUAAAAGGAGGAGACAGGAUAUGAUGUUUUAUUAUACCACAGGCUCAGUGUGGAAGUGGCACUCACUUUGCACUCACAUGCCCUGAAUGUCAAAUACUUACAGCAUUCAGAUCUUCUUAGUGAUUAAUUUACAAUGCAGCAGGCUGAAAUCCAGUUUCAGGAGUUGCAGAGUGUCUUUGGUUGACUGCGAUCCUUUGACUACCUUCGCUGGAGUCAUGCUUGUUGUUCAGUCUCACUGAACUCAUUUGUUCAGUCCCAUUGGUGUCCUGAAAGCAGGAUCAGGCCAGAUCUGCAGCAGGGUAGGGGUAAAGCUUUCGUUACUGUGGCUCUUUGCAUCUUGUGCGCAGAUAGAAACUUUGCAGGAUCUGCAGUGUGUUUUCAGUGUGUUCCAAAAGGGAGGGUCUGAAACAUCCAAUUUUAAGCUCUUCUUCCCUUCUCUUUACCACAGCUGUUGUCCUGACUUCUCAUAGUUGCCAUGAGGUUGAAACGAGCACUUUAAAACUUUUUGAUUCAGAGUAGCAGCGUUUUACUUACUCAAUUCAGUAGCCAAGCCAAUUUCCUCUUAUUUUCUCUUGACCUUCUUUCUCUUACUUUGCCGAGAAAGGGACAUUUAAGCUGGAGUUAGACACAUAGCUGGAAUAAGUAGGCCUCAUUCUAGUGCAUCCUAAUACAACAGCAUUGCUUUACACCUGCUGAAAACCUGGCCCUUCAGCUUCAGCUUUGGAGCAAGGCCUGUAGUGUCUGCAGCAUGUGCAGGUGUGUGAUUGCUCAGCAUCUCUCAUAGCACGGUUCACCUGUAUUGAGCACAGUGCAUUUGAUUCAGCACGGAGCUUUCAAAUGCCUGCAUUUUUCAUUUUAGUAAAAACAUCCUAGUAAUUUCUCCCAGCACAGGCUCUGUACAGCAGUCUGCAGGUAUCGGUAUCAGCGGUCAGAGGAAAGCAUUUCUCUAGUAGGUGGUGUUUUGGCAUGUUGUAUGUGUAACUAGUGAAGGUGAGUUUGGUCUUUGCCAUAGCAGUUUCUGCUCAGGAUUUGCCCUAAACAGUGCAGCUGGAUGCAGUGCAGCAGCACACCCCGCGGGGAUGUUUCUCACUGCCUGGACUUUGCACUGAAGUUCUUGCCUCUGGCUCUGCCCAAUUUGAAAUUCAAGAGGGGAGGGAAGAGCCAGAGCUGGACUAAUUUCUACUGAUGAGAAUUCUCAGAGUAGCCUAGAGGUGAGAGAACCCAGAAUUGAAAUGUGAGGUGGAAGCCUACAUUGCAGCUAGUGAUUUUAAUUUUUUUUUAAGUCUGAAUCAUUAUUUUCCCAUUGGAUCUCCUUCAUCUUGUCCCUAUAAACUAGAGAUAGGCAGAAAAGUAUCAGUUCUUCUUUAAUUAUUAAUAUUUUUUCUAAUACUUCCUGCAUGGAUUUCAUAAUGAGCACAACACUGAUGGAAAAUGCAUAAUCAGGUAUUGCCUGUACUGCAGGCUUUUUUGUUUGCUUGCUGUUAGCUUAAAGCAUGAUUGAAAUCAUGACUGCAUCUGUUAACCACAACCACACGGUGAUCAUUUUUCUCUUGUUUCAGUAUCUAGCAUCUAAUGAUUUUUAAAUGCGGUAUAGAGUCUUCUAAUCACAGCGACGUUCUUUGUGGUUUCACAUCUCCUCUGAUAGCUGUCGGUUCUGUUACUGCGUAAUGAGCAGAUAGUUGUGUAGCUAGCUCUGCACUAAAACAGAUUAUGCUUUCUGGCUCAGCUCUCACAUGGGUAGUGCUUUAUAAUUAAUCAUGGCACUAUGCUCUUGCGCUGAAUUCUAGCAGGAACUGACGCUGUGUGGAGGAAUGCUAUCCCUUGUUGUUACAUUAGCAGUGCUGUCAGAGCAAGAAGCAGGCAGAGCCUCUGUCCUGUGCCAAGCUCAGCUGAGCCCAGCUGAUAGGCCAGGGACUGUCUACCUGACUGGAGGGUUGUGAGGUGUAAUUAAUGUUUCGGGAUCGCUUCGGUGCACCUGCAGUUAGCAGGUCUCUGUAGUUGCUGUUCAGCUGUAUUUGUGUUCCAUUUUUUGUAAUUUCUGGCAGAUAGACUGAAACUUUCUGUUGCUCACAUGGGUAUUGCUGGACGGGAUGAGUGUGGGUUCGGUGGAAAGCUAAAAGUUUCAGUUGCUAUUUUUCCUUUUCUUUGCACUGUGCUUUUUAGAGGAGCAGACAGUUUAAGGGUGAGUGACUGUGACUUGCCUUCGGGAGUGGAAAAUGUUAUUUAUAAAGGCAGUUGGGCUACAUUCUCCUUGCUGCUUUUUAGUGUUUCUCUUUAGCUUGCAAAACCAAGCUGAGCUUGCGUUCAAACUACCUACUGUUUUUAUCUGUACACCAAACGUACCUGAAAAUGUAACUCUGUGCCAGGCAAGUAAAUGAAGGCUGGCAGCGCUUAAUUCCACAUUUACUGAUCAACCGGAUUUACGCCAUUGAAUGUCUCUACGCAUUGCACUGAGUCCUGGGAGUGAGUCUGCCAUAAGCUUCCUGCUGGCUGGGGAAGGAUCCUGCCAUGUGUUUUGCCACUUCUCUUUCACUUGUCCCAAAACUACAGGCCCUCUGUGGGAUCUUUGUAUUUUAUUCAUCAUAAAUGUUUUGGGACUUUUAUUUAAAACAGGAGGGUUUUCAUGCCGUGAUUGAAGCCAAACCCUUUCUCUGCAAGGAGAGCCCAGCCCUCUCGCACAGCAGUGUGAAAGCUGGGGCUUAGAAGAGCUGGAUUUGUUAGAUUUCCCCAACCAAUCCUAUUCCCACAGCACUGAGAUCACUUGUCUGAGUAAGUGCUCACUGCCGUAGUGAAGGGCUGCAGAGAUGAGCCAUGAGAAGGCCUCAUGGGAAGUAGCUUGCACCUCAGAGGCCUGCAGGCCACUCUGUCCCUCUGGGGAUGGUUAUUCCAGCCCUGAGUUUGGAGUCACUUUGCCUUGCAUCCCCAUUUCUGCUUACAGUACUAAGUGCAUGAAAGUUCUUCCUUGGCCUUUUGUAUGCUCUUCUAGGAGACAGAAUUAAAAGGAGUAUGAGGGACCCCUGUGCACAUCCUUGAAACUGGGCCAAGGAGAGGAGACUGGGAUGUACCACAUCCUCCUUGCUGCUGACUGCGCUGCUUAGCGCACUGGUAGAAAUGUUAAGCCAAAUCUGCUUUCCAACAAAACGCUGAUUGUUUUGCCACACCAAGCUAGAGAACAGUUGCUGUGAAAGGAAAGAAGAGAAAUCCUCUCUCUGUUUGAAGACUCCUGCCCACAUAAGCCUGAUGUGAAGACAUGUAUGGAAACACUACACACAUUCAGCUUCCAGCAGCACUGGGGGCACACACUGCAUCUCUACAGUGGGCUCAGCACUCAACUCCCAUCAUUAUUCUUAGUUGCAGUUCUGCACCUAUCUUGUUAUUGUAGAAUCAUAGGAUCGCAAACUCACUAAGGCUGGAAAAAUGCUCUAAGAUCAUCUAGUCCAACUAUCCAUCUACCAUUAAUACUGCCCACUAAACCACGUCCCUAAGUAUCACAUCUGCACAUUUCUUGAACACCUCCAGGGACAGUGACUCCACCACUUCCCUGGGCAUAUCGUUCAGUGCCCAACCACUUUUUUGGAGAGGUUGCUUUUCCUUAUAGCCAACAUGAACCACCCCUGGUACAACUUGAAGCCAUUCAUCUUGCAGUGAUAGAAAUACUACAUAUGCUUACAUGCACACAGGGAGUCUGAUAUAAACACAGAGUAACUCGUGAGCAUUCUGUGCAGCCAUGUGCAGAGCUGUCCUUUUUCUUCUGAUGCCUCUAGCACAGAGGUGAGGAAGCAAUUUGGAGCUGGCUGAGAAGGGGCAGAUAAUAUGAGUGGUAGACUGGCUCUUGAGGAGUGGUAAUUGAGCUGUAAAAGCCUAACAAAUCUGAGAAGCAGCCUAAGAGAAAAGCCUCUGCUCAAACUACAAGACAUUGCUUACAGAGGCCAGCAGGAGGCUAACUAGUCAUUGCCAGUAGGAGUCUGAGCCCCAUAAGUCAGAGCAAAGUUAUUAAAAUGCGAUGUUUACUUGUUUAAAAAAUAAAAGGGCUUCUAGGGAGAUUAAUUUUCACUUCAGUCUGGCAAUCAUUUCAUAAACAUGCCAGUGUGAUUUAAGGCAAGCUGGAUCUGUUCUUCUCUGGAUUAUGCAUCUGAUUUGUCUGCAAAUUUCCCACCCCUCACAAAUAAAAGCAUUUUUAUAGUUUUAACAAAGAGGAUUUAACAGCAAAGUUUAAUCAAAAUGCCACUGGUGCCUGUGCUGAACUGAGCUUUUCUGUAAUGAACAUACAUUUAUCAGGGAUAUAUAGAAUACAGCUGAGGACUCAACUCUGAAUGGUGAUUUGGAGUUUGAGUCAUCUCUGCUGUUGGUGUAUUUCAUUAAGACCACUGUGAUAAUGCACUGGUGAAACGCAUGGAGCUGAAAUGAGACUUUUCAUUCCCAUAAAGAGCUUGUUCCCGUACUAAGCACAGUAAAUUCCGGAAAGUCUGAAAUUUCCUUUAUAGGAACCUUGUGUCCUCUGCUAGACUAGCACAUACAGUGAAUGCACAAGAUUUUGAGCAACAAAUGCUUCUUCAAGAGCUGUAUGAGUAUUUGUAAAAAUUUAGCAUUCUGCUAAUCGUAUCACCCAAGUUGUAGAAGGUAUGGGAUAUGUUUUCAUCCUGUGGAAUGCUGUGCACUACCUAUGAGGUUAUGAAUAGCUCUUAACUUGUAGUGAAUGCUCAAGGUCUGUAGUGUCUGAAGCAUUAUACUGUCUGAAAGGAUCGUAUCAUAGGGACAAAGCAUAGUGGGCAUGGUGGUGAUGAGCUGAUGGUUGGACUAGAUGAUCUUAGAGGUCUUUUCCACCUUAAUGAUGCUAUGAUUCUAUUUAUAUGCUGUAGUGACAGCUAAGGAUCUGUCCUAUAGGGGGAUGGAGGGAGAAAGCUGGAGAAAGCAACCCAUCCCAGCUGCAGAUUUCCUCUUAACAGAGCCCUUGGAUUUCAGGGCAUGAGUAGAUCCUGAAGCUGUCAGCUGAGGAGCAGACCAAGGAGGGCAGGGGAGCUUGAUGAAUUCCAGCACGUGAACAGUCUGAAAUAUUUAGAACCUGGAAGCAAAGGGGAAGGUGGGAGGCAUUCUCCCUGGCUCUUUAAUGUCAGAAAUUAAAAGCAAGCCCUGUUGCCUGGAUGUGGAUGCUAAUUCUCUCUGGAGUUUGAGAACUGAGAUUGCUUUUGAAUGCACAACUCAAAGCUAAAGCACAGAAGAAAACUAGUAUGUUUUAGUAAAACACCUUGGAAAUAAGUAAUUUACUUGAAAUAAAUUCACCGUUGAUUAUUUCUAGUUAACUUCCUUCAAAAAGCAUCUACUUCUGGUUUGCAGCUUUGGGGUUUGGAAUGGCUUUACCUCUUUUUCAUCAGAAUUGUGGAGUAUAUAGUUCUCCAUGCUAGCUGUAAGUAGCUUUGACAAUUCAAUAAAUACAUUCCGUGUUCUUUGCUGCUGACCCUAGGUAAGGACAGCCUUGAGGAUGUGAAGCAGCGUUGCAUAAGUGUGUAGAGUACAUAGCAACGCUGAUAAGAGAGAUGCUGCUGCAUUGCUUUUGGUGCACUAGGCAUACAUUCUGUCAUUGCAAGGUCUCAUCGCUCGUCUCAUACUUCACAACCCUGGGGAAGAAUGGAAGGUGGGGGAGGAAGAGCAAACACUUCCUCCUUGUGCUAUAGCUGAGAGUAUAUUCAUCGGCAGCAUUUCUUUCUAUUUCAAAAAGGCAUAUCAUUUCUUUUUUAGGGAGAGUGGAUUCUUUCUUGAUGCUGAGUAGUGAUGUUUGCAUGUUAAUGGUAACAUGUUGCUUCUGAACUGAAUAAAUAACACCUCUGGGCCUUUUCUUCUCCCUUAAAUUAUCUAAGAGGAAUACCAAAUACCAGAGAGCAAACAGAGUGGACUGUGUCCUGAGCUGCUCCCAGUGCAGCCUGGUUAACAGUGCUGCACAGAAACUCUGCAAGCUGGUGGGAAGAGGUGAGAUUUAGCCAAAGAGGAAAGAACUCUUCAAGGAGAAGCAGAACAGUAAUAUAUGGUCUGAAGCCAGAAGCAGGCCAUGUCACAGCACUGGCCAUCACAUCUGAAUGGUGCUGAGUGAGAAGCCUACCUUAAAAGUACACUUGGCAUCAAGGAAAGUUUAGAGCUCUUGCACUGAGUCUACAAUGUGAGAUGAAAGCAAGUUUAAACACAGUUAGGUGAGCCAGCUGUCUGAAGUUUCCAGCUUGGAGCUUGGACCAGCCCUGAGAGCUUCUUGCAUAGAGGAUGAGCUGGUCUGACUCCUGAGUGUGGACUCAGUUGUGUAGCUAACUGAGGGUAUGUACAUCCUCUUUGUAUUUCCAUGGCUUUGUAAAAGCAAGUUGCUCAGUGACUGGGAGCAGGCUAUCAUACUGUAGGGUUAGUUGCUCAGAAUACUGUUCUUUCCUGUUAAGCACAACGGCCUGACCAGAUGAGGAUGAUGACUGCCAAUUUCCAUUGGUAAAUGAAUAUGCCUUGCCCAUAUUUGCACUUGUGUUCACAGGGGAAAAAAAGAAUUCUGCAGAGAAUAAGUUCUGUGUUUUUCCCUUAUUGUGUUAGAACAGCAUAAUUAGCUGAUGGAAAAGAAAUGAUCAAAAUGGGAAGAUUCAUCCAUGGUAAUAUUCUUUUUGAUUCCUUAAAUGCUUGUAACUAGUCAAACUGUGCUUCUUGAGAGAAACUUAAUGGACAUAAUGCCCUCAAGUGGAGUUAAAAAACGUCACUGAGAUGCAGUGUGGCAGAGUGUCUCCUCCUGACUGUGAAAUACCAUUUUCUGUUGGAGCUGGAGGCAUUGGUGCUUUCAUUAAUCUCAGUGUAUUCCAUGGAAACCCAGUGGGAGCUGAGCUUUCAGCUACCCCUCUUCCUCGCUGUGUACCUCCAGUCUUCAUCUGAGUCUGAUGCCCUGACCUCUACAUUACUGGAAACAGCCUUGUCCAUAUGUCACUGAAUCACAGAAUUACAAAAUGAUUUGGGUUGGAAGGGGCAUUUAAAGAUCAUCUGAUGUCCUUUUCUGCUGUCACUCCCCUCCCUCAACAGCAUGUUUCUCUCAAGAGGCUCCCUCUGCUUCCCUUUACUCAGGAAAAUGAUAUAGGAAAUGCAGAGUUUAUUUUACUCAUAGCCAUAUUCAUAGCCAUAGCCACAGCCUAGUCUCUGGCCUUUAUAAUGUAUAUUGUGUCUGAUACUGAUAACUCCUAAUGUAUCUGAUCUAGUGAGGGUCAUCUAGUCACCUUAAAUAGCUUUAGUUAAGUGAUGGGAUGCAGGAUCCUAGCCCUGGAGAUGCUUUUUUAGAAUGGUAGGAAAGGCAGUGCCACGAUGAUGGGAAAAUGGGAAAAGCACCCAAUAGCAAAGAUUAUAUCAUCUUCUGGAUGAGAAACGGGAGCCCAUUUUGUGAAAUGUAGACUGUGGCCAUCACUGAAAUUAAGUCAUGCUCCUGCUUUCACGUGUAGGCAUUGCAAGGCAAAGGUCAGUGAUGGAAGAGUUUGCUUCUUUCAGUUACAUUCUCUAUUUCCAUACAACUCCUAGUUCAUCAGUGGCAUAUAAAUUCCUCCUUUCACUGAUUAAAUAUUUCCUCACCCAAUUUCUUUGCUUCAGGGAGCUCGAGAGCUCACUGUUCAUAAAGGGAAAGAAGAACGAUUGUGCUGUUAAGCAGACAGCUCCCAACACAUAUGUUCUGCUCUGCAUCUUUGAGAAGGAGGCACUGAUGCUGCUGCAACUGCAGAAGGGCAGUUUUAUUGAGAUUCAGAGGCAGCCAAGAGCCUCUUCCAGGAUUUCUAUGUUGAUGAAGCUCUGGGUUAAUUAAUUAGCUUCUCUUCUGAAACAAGAAGCUUUAGCCCAUCUGUGCCAGGCUGUGAAACCCUUAAUCCUACUUAGCUUUUCUUUCCCUGUGUUCCUUUCAGUCAUUUGCAAGAGCAAAUCUGAUGAAGCACGUUUGGGUAAGGAAUGGUUUCCUGACCUGUGAGAAUUUAGGGGAAAAGUCCUAACUGUGACGUUUUCCUCAGACUGAGAACCAAAGAGAUACAUAGUUUAGGCCAGCUAUAUUUAUUUCAUAAUGUGCAUAUGGUUUUAUGUGUGUGUGUUUUUUUUUCUGGUUCUAUUUUUAUAUUAUUUAAAUAAAUACAUUUUAGUUUCAGAACAACAACAACAACAAAAACAGACAAAAAAAAAUGUCUUCCAUAUAUUUACUUAGGAAAUGUCAUCAUGUCCCAAACAUAUCUGUUCAUUUUGAAAAAUCCUUCAAAGUUGCUUUGAAGGGGAGAAAUUUCUGGAAGCCAACACUCUCCAUAUUCUCCUACAACAAGCUAUUAUGUUCUAAAGGCAAAGCAUUCUUCGUUGAUUCUUUGCCUUCCCAGCCUUCAUUAGUGAAAAAUGCUGUUCAAAGCAAUCAGUUCUGUCGCAAUCUGAGCUUAGAUACGUGAAUGGUUUCCUUUUAAAGCAAAGCACUUGGAGGAGUUUGUCUGCCUGAGCCCUCAGGUCGAUGUCUGUGGCACAUCUGCACUUGGGUGCUGGAGCCCAGCUGUGAGCAGGCUGCCAAGGGCUUGCUGGUGUCCUGAGGGUGGGGAGCACGUUGGGCAUUUAGUCUUCAGCCCCAGGUUAGAUUAUCUCGUAACAGUGUAUGAGGGGAUGAGGAUGUAGAAUAAGAAGGACUUCAGAAAGGAGGAAAACCAUUUUUAUCUCAUUGUGGAUAGCUAUUUGGGACUCAUAAGCUGUGUGAGUUACACAGCUGGUUAGUGUCCAAGAAUUCGGCCACACUGAUGUGAGCACAGGUGUCCUAUGGAGGUCUUAGUUGUGGUCUCAACUGAUGGAAAUCCAUUCUCAGGAAAGAUGAUGGACUCUAGAUGGAAAUAUUGCCAUUACUAAAAUUCGGAAAACACAAUAAAUACGUACAGCUUUCCAGUUUUCCUUUAGGAACUAAACCUUGGAAUUAACUAUUUCCAGUUAGCGUGUACAGUGUGAUAGAAAAUGGGAAUGCCUUGUCUUUUCUGUAGAUGGCAGACCUUGACUGUUUCACCACUGACCACUUACUUUCCUUACUCUUCUGCACUCUUCCAAGUCCCAAAAGAAAGAGGCCUGAAAAUUUUUUUCCUGAACUUCCGAUUCUGCAAUUACAUAAUUUUCCUAGUUGACUAAAAUAAAAAAAUAUUUUAAAAGAAGGCAGCAUUUACUUUUAUCUGUAUACAGUGUACACUGUAACAGUUUUAGAAGGUACUAGCAUAAAUGUCCACACUUUUGAGUACCCUGUGUUCUUUUCAGAGAUGCCUGUUUACGUUAAUGCAAAUUCAGUCUGUUCUUAUGUUUUUAUAGAUCAAGAUGUUGUAUGAUUCUUUGAAGAGAAAUGAAUGCUUAGUUUCCAAGUGGAACCGAAACCAAAAUGCAGUCCUGAACUUUCAUUUUUUAAUUUUUUCCCCCAGGCUUGACUUCAAGAACAAGAGCAGUACUCAGUAGGUUCCUGUCAUACUUUUGUCAUAUGAAAUAACCCUUCUGUAGCUUUACUUUGCUGACCCCCAACCUGAAAAGGAACUGUAUUUCACUGGCUGGAUUUAAAUGGAUCACUGCUGUAAAUGCAUGCCAGUAGAACUUCAAAGAGUAAGCAGUAAGCUUUUGGACUCUGCUUGUUCCCAUCAAAUGAAAUAAAGCAUUUAUCAGUUAGAUAUAUAACAAGCCUGAGCUAGAAGGUUGAUCACAAAAAGUCUUGGGUUUUUUUCUUUUCUCCUAAGUUGCCUGCAGAAUUUUUUUCCCUCAGUGUCUCUUUCUUAGUUACACAGUGUUGUGAGGGUAUGUGCAAGCUAUUGGCUAAAGAAGGGAUCAGAUAGAGUGAAUUUCUGGGCACUAUUCCCUGUUCUUACAGAGUUUUCUUACAAACUCCACUUAGGAUUUUCAGUAACGUGAGGAAUCCAAGGUCACUGAGGUCUCGAUGCCCAGCUGCAUCAGGCUUCUUUCUAAAAUACCGUGUUUGUUUGUUUUUUGCCAUGAUCACAACUGAUGAAAAGUUUUAUGAAUUUGCCUGGCAUCAUGACCUGGUGUAUUAAGGAAAAGAUGCUUAAUUUCCGAAAAUAAUAGACUGAAUUAGCCAUUUUAUAUUAAUGGUAAUCCUGGCAAGUAAAUAAUUUGGCUACUGAGUUCUUUUGCUGUUCAGAUAUUAUUGUUGCCUUCUGUUAUAUUAGCAGGACACUCUAACUUGAGUUUAUGUCUUGUAUUGUACCUGUCAAAGCACCAUCCAUUUAUUCAUCAUGUAAUUAUAGCACUGUACUCUCAAGGUAUUUGCUUUACAGGAAACUUCAUGACUUUGGAAUAAACAAGCAUUCCAAGACCGAGCAAAACAUGAUUGAGUUGCUGUUUGUGACUUGGUUCUAAUUAAUGACAUACUGCUUUAAUCAUGGAAGCAUUGUGUAUGUGCAUAUAUGCAUAUGUAUUACUGCUGGCAGGGGUGGCUGGGAUUUCACUACUUAAACAGAGGCUCUUAAUACCACUUGAAAUGCCCUACACGUUCAUGGCAGGGGACUUGUUGGAAUGGCAGCAGGAAGCCAGAAGUACCAAAAUGGUGCUAGACAUCCUUCUUUAGCCAAACAAAGUAAUCUUCUGCACAUUUUAGUCACAUACUUACUUCAUAUGCCUUCUCUUGGAAUUUCUGAUAAAUUCUUUUUUGAAAUGAAGAACUUUGCCAAAUG